AUUAGCACUGGCCAGUAUACUGGUAUACAUUACGGAAUACACCCAUAGUGAUAGUGACAAGCAAGCAUGACAGUCACAGAGCAGAGUACCUUUGGAGUAACUUAAUCAUAAAUGACAGUCUGCUUGAGAAGAUGCCGUAAUCCUAAUUAUUAUUAUGAAAUGAACAAGUUUAUCUAAAUUCAAUAAAACUUUAAAAUGGCAAGUAUAGAAUUAGAUAUAUGGCGGGGAGAAUGGGGGUUAGCUUCAAUUGACUUGGAAUGCUUAAAAGUUUUGACUUACAUGAAAUUUAUUGGAGUCCCAGUACGAGUUCGUGAAUCCAACAAUCCAUUUUUUACGCCAAAAGGACAAUUGCCUGUCAUGAGAGAUGGACGUAAAGUUCUCACGAAUUUUGAAGAAGUUGUUGAGCAUUUAAAAUCUUUGCAUUACAGUACUGAUGUCCAUUUAAACACAGUGCAAGCAGCAGAGGCCAGUGCUUUUACACAAUACUUGCAGGAUAAGUUGUAUCCAGCUUAUCAAUAUACUUGGUGGGUUGAUGAAAAGAAUUAUGGUGAAGUGACUCGACCAACCUAUGCAAAGGUUUUGAGGAUUCCUUUCAACUUUUACUAUCCAUCAAGAUAUCAAAAUGCUGCUAAGGAUAUGAUAGAUGCAUUAUACGGAGAGCAUACAGACCUCAGAGAAAUUGAAAAGACUAUAUAUUCCGAAGCAGAAAAGUGCCUUAAAACUCUAUCAGACAGACUCGGAGAGAGUGAAUACUUCUUUGGAAACAGGCCGUCCUCUUUUGAUGCAACUGUGUUUGCGUAUCUUGCCCCAUUGGUGAAGGCGCCAUUUCCUAAUGCAACACUGUCUAACUACCUUAAAGGCAUUGCUAAUCUCAGUCGAUUUGUUGCUCGAAUAAACCAGAAAAACUUCAGACAUGUUACAGAUGAGUACAAUAGACAAAAUGCCAAAAAGCACUCAACAGGCACACAAUCAGAUAGGGAGGCAGCAAAUUUUCCUAACCAGACCAGAAACAAAAUACUUGCCGCAAUUUUUGCAGCUAUAGCAAUGACAGGUUACGCUGUUGCAAAUGGGAUGUUUCAACGGUGGGCUACAUGGAGUUGGCAGAGGACUAUGCUGCUAAACAGACUGCGCAUCGCUAAAACGCACUUCGACAGAAUCAAAAGAACGAGAUCACUCAAACCCAUAAAAGAUGAAGACAAGUCGACUUAAAUAAUUGUUACUAAUAGUUGUGUAGGAGUUGCAAGUACUCGUUACCUUAUGCCGGGUUUACAUGUUGCGGCGCGUAACUCUAGUGCUGAACGCAACGCUGGGGGGAUAGCUGCGCAUGGGUACGCGACUGGAGAGACAAUCGGCGCAACGCACGCCCACCCGCGCACCUCGUUUCCCCCCAAUACAUCUUAAUUUUUACUUCUGCGCAAUAACGGUCAGCGCUAGAGUUUCAUGCCAUGACUUAUAUUCUGUUGUGUACUCGUGACGCGUCAGAGCGCUGGAGGUGAGAGGGGCGGGGUUGCGGCCGUCUGACGACACAUCUAGGCUUACCAUUUAGGAAUUUGAAAAGUCCCGACACAAAGUCUCGACAGACUUGAAAGAAUCGUGUGGCGUCAUGGAAACACAUUGCGUCAUGUGGCAAAUUGUCGGAGCUUGUCUCACUUUCAAUAACAAAUACAAGCAAAAUAUAGCCUACAAACUGUUUUGUCGCAUUUUAUCCAUUGUUCAGAUACAAGCUGCGACAAUUUGCCACAUAACGCCUUAAGCGGCAAGCAAACAUAUACCAUAUGUAUUUGCACCGAGAGUAAAGGACGCUUUGCUCACAGCGAAACUCGUAUGACUGUGUCAUGAAGCGAGCGGGCAAUAAUUGUACAGAGAAAUAAAA